UGACCACAGCAAAAUCAAAAGGAAAACGCCAAUUCACAUUUUGGUGUUUUCGCAUUUUCUCCGCCUGAGUUGAUUCAUUUAAAUAUUCGCUCGUUUGCCGUCAAGACGUACGUUGGCCGGCGCGUACAACAUUCGUCCGUUUCGAACAAACAUACGUACAUAUAUAACCAAAGAAUUUCGCGAAACAAAUUAACCACAAUUCAUUGAAAAGCAUCUUCGCAGUUGUUCCCUUCCGCCCGCGAUCCGAUCGUAUUGCCGAUUAAUUGAUCAAAAUGCAUUUGAGUCGCACCUGUCUGCAGUGGACGGUCAUCGUCUUCAAUACAAUGAGUGUUGUUCUUGGUAUAUUGGCGGCGGUCGCCAGUGUUUUUGAAUUGCAAAAGUAUUCCUUUGGAACUCCCGAUUUCACAGAGAAACUUGUACACAUUGGCAUUAGCGCCGUAUUGGUGAUAUCGGCUUUCGUUGGAUGUUGUGCUGCCGUCAAUGGUUCCGUCAAGAUGUUGGUGAGCUUCAUUGUUACUUUAUUGGCUUUGAUAGCUUCCCACGUCUGGUGUCUGUGGCGUUACGACGAAGAACGGGUUCGUGUUUCGACGACAAACAUGGUCAAUUACUAUUGGAUAGCGGAGACACACGAACAGGGUUACAUGGAUAUUUUGCAGGAAACGUAUGAGUGUUGCGGAAAAACUGGCUAUCUGGAUUACCACCACAACAGUAUGACAGUUCCGGACAGUUGUUACUUUUUCCACAACAACAAAAGGGAAUUUUAUCCCCACGGCAAGGGUUGUUUGCCGGCGGUGUUGGAGGCGUAUAUGAAUAUAUAUCGAACAGAGAAAUGGACCCAUGUCGGCUUAAUGGGAUUUGAGGGUUUUGGCAUUACUCUCGCCAUAGUUCUGAUAUUCAAUUUGACAGCUGAUACUCGUCGUUACAAUUAUUAAAUCUUCCAAUUUAUUAAAGAAAUUUUAGAAUUAAUCCUUUUUAAAUUUAGUUAGACUAGAAAUAUAUUUAUGUAUGUGUGUUUGUGCCAAACAA